GAGCUACUGAGCUUUGAAGGAGAUGGUGACACAUAGAUUUUAUUGGACCGAAUGCCUACAACAGGCUUAUCUUUUCUUUUUCUAUUUUUUUCCUCUCUCUCUCUCUCUCUCUCUCUCUCUCUCAUUCCUUCUGCUCAGUCUACUCUCUCUCUUCUGUUCAUCUUUUUUCAUCCUCUCCGACUCCAACGUUUCCAAAAUCCUAGCCUCUGCCAUCCGCUACAUCCUCAAGUCUCUCCACAUCGGUGGUUAAGCAAUUGGAGCCGUAGAUCGACGGUGGUGGAGACUCUCUCAGUGGCGAACCGGUUCGACGCGUCCGUUUUCACUCCGGUCAUCUCGGUUCCAACGCAGCAAGCCAGCAUACUUUUGGCUCUGUUCGCCAGCGGAGAUGGGUACAGAGUGGAAGAGAAUGACAGGUGUUUGAUGGUCUAUAAUAUUGCCUAUCAAUCUUUGUAAAACAUACUGGAAUGAAAUGGGUACACUGGGUAUAAGAAUAAGAACCCAUUUGAAGUUCUCAUAUCCACAUCUUGUUUUUAUAGAUUUUAUUUGCUUACAAGUUUUCACAUAUGUGGGGAUGAAGAAGAAUAAGAGAGAAGGGAGGAGGUUAGCAACUUAGCAUACAAACCAAAAGGAAGAUUCAUAAGAUGGCAAUAAAAUGAAAGAAACCAAACCCAGAAAUGUUGAAUACUGAAAGAGCUUUCAAUUUCUAACAGAACAGCAGAACAGAGAUGCAGAGGUGGAAGAUUAAGAAUGAAAACCUUUGUUGGUAGAGUCUGGAGAGGGCUAAAAAGGAAUAGGAAAAUUAUUAUGAGUAGAGAUACUACGUGGCAGUAUUGUAGACAAUUGGAUGUUGUUUUCACACAUGGCAUUGCAAGAUUGAAAGCGUAGGAAGCUCAGGUCAGUUUAUUGCUCAGGAGAGGAUCCACUCCCCCUUAAAAAUUGCCCACCGGCCGGCAUGGUGGGCGUUCAGCUUUGUGUAAUAGGGUGAGCUGUACAUUAAAGUUAUGCGACAUCAGCCAUAUGUAGUUUUAGAUCUGAACAACCUCUGAACAAUAAAUUGAAGCAUCACUACCUGUGUGCAAGCAUGACCUCUUUGUUUUUGUUAUUUGUUAUUUGUUCUUGGACCAGAGUGCAGUACAUAGAUUAUGGUUCAAAUCAUUCAUUCUCUUAAAGAAUGGAAAGUGCAGUACACUUCUGCUAAAUUGACUAGAAGAUGCAAUCAACAGCUAAUUUGACUGUUUGUUCGAAAAAUUGAAUCCAUGUGUAUAUAUAUUUUAUAUGUAUAUACAAUAACAAUUGAGUCCUCUUUUUUAAUGACUGAAUGCAACCCUACAGUUUCAUAUAUCAUAUUAUAUAUAUUGUCCCAGCUAGGAACCCAAAACAUGAAAGGAAAGCUAAUUGGCGUUUUCUUCAGCCAAGAAAUAACAGCAUGAAACCCCAAAUGAACUGUCGAUUGUUGAUGACAGAAGUUCUGGGGUUUCUCUUUGUUUUUGUGCAGUUUGACUCUCUGGUUCAAGGCGAAGUGCAUUUCUAUGCUUUUGUUGUAAGGGAGAGAAACUUCACCAAACUCUGUGUAACGAAGAGCAUUUUAGUAGUAAAUGACAGUUUUCCAGGUCCGGAGAUACGAGUUCACAAAGGAGAUACAGUUUUCGUUAAUGUUCAUAACCAAGGAUAUUAUGGUUUCACUAUUCACUGGCAUGGAAUAAAGCAACCAAGAAAUCCUUGGUCAGAUGGUCCAGAGUACAUUACGCAGUGUCCAAUCCCUCCUGGAACAAAUUUCACAUAUGAAAUCCACUUAUCCGAUGAGGAAGGGACUUUAUGGUGGCAUGCUCAUAGUGACUGGACAAGAGCCACAGUUCAUGGUGCCAUUGUCAUCUUGCCCGCUGUUGGAACAACAUUUCCAUUCCCUCAACCGGAUGAUGAUGAGACCAUUAUAAUUGCAUCCUGGUACUUUGGAGAUGUGAAAGAACUUGUGGAUGUGGCUAUGGAAGAAGGUAGCGACUUGCCCCAUUCAGAUGCUUAUACUAUAAAUGGUGAACCAGGAGAUCUUUGUAAUUGCUCUAAAGAAACAACGUACCGUCGAAUGGUGGACUACGGAAAGACCUAUCUGCUCCGUAUAAUCAAUGCAAAUAUUAAUGCAGAACAUUUCUUUGCGGUUGGUGACCACAACCUCACUGUGGUUGGACUAGAUGGAGCCUAUAUAAAACCCAUAAACACAGGUUACCUAGUUAUAAGCCCUGGACAAGCGAUGGAUGUCCUCCUUGAAGCAAAUCAAUCCCCUGGUCAAUACUAUAUGGCUGCUAGACAAUACUCGAGUGAGGAUGCAGCAGUCGUGGACUUCGACCACGUCAAUGUUACUGCAAUCCUAGAAUAUAGAGGCAACUAUACAUAUCGACCUCCUUCCUUUCCAACUACUCUUCCAAUGUACUUGGACUAUCCAGCAGCAGUAAAAUUCACUUUACGAAUUAAGAGCUUGGCGACUCCAGAAUACCCUAUAAGUGUCCCACUAAACGUUACUACUUCAAUGUUCAUAACCGUUUCCAUGAAUGAACUUCCUUGUACUCAUUCAGGCUGUAAAACGGAUCAGAAAAUGACUUCAAGCUUGAAUAAUGUUAGCUGGGCGUUCCCACUCAAUACCACAGACGUUCUUCAAGCCUACUACAGGAACAUAAGCGGGGUUUACACGACAGAUUUUCCAGACCAGCCAACUCAAUAUUAUAACUUCACAGAGGAAACUUUUGUGGAAAAUAUUUUGUUCACUGUACAAGGGACGAAGGUGAAGGUGCUAAAUUAUAACGAGUCAGUUCAGAUUGUGUUUCUAGGGACCGAUGUGAUGAAAAGCUCUGUUAAUCAUCCAAUGCAUAUGCAUGGAUACAGUUUCUACGUGGUUGGCUUUGGUUUUGGAAUUUAUAACAAUGAGAGUGAUCCAAAAGGAUUUAAUUUGGUUGAUCCUCCUCAAGCAACUACGUUUGGAGUUCCCAAAAAUGGUUGGUUAGCAAUUAGAUUUACAGCAAAUAAUCCCGGGGUAUGGUUUUGGCAUUGUCAUUUUGAGAGACAUUUGAGUUGGGGAAUGGACACUGCUUUCAUAGUCAAAAACGGUGGCACCGUUCAGACUAGCAUGCGCGAACCCCCAGCUUAUAUGCCUCCAUGUAAUGCUCAAUUGGAUUCUCAUAUCAAAACCGAUUCAACAGAAGGAGUAAAUAUAAUCUGAUCUAUAUAAUGCAUUUAUAGAUAUUAGUUGCCUGCUCAUUAGCACAGUGUAGUUUCAAUGGCCACGUUCAGGCUACUAAGUCCACUGAGGAGAAUACGUCAUUUUUAGGAAGACUACUUGAUGAUAUACACGGCUUAUCUGCAUCUACUUCUUCGGUUUCUCUUUUCCCAUGCACGCUCAUAGGGGAUUCAACUCACAAGCUUGCUAAACUAGCCUUUGUAC